UGUCCUGUCUGUCAACGUCGAUUCACACGUCCAUUCAAUUUGCGAUCACAUAUCAUGACCCAUACGACUGCGCGGCCUUUCCCCUGUGACGAAUGCCAUUGGAAGUUUACACGACAGCAUGAUUUACUUCGCCAUAAACGGGCUAAACAU